CAGCUGUUUCGUCGCUCGCUACAAUCACAAUGUCAAAGCAAGUGCAUACGGUUCGGUUGAACAACGGAUAUGAUCUACCGAUCCUCGGUUACGGAACGUAUCUGGCCCAAGAAGGUCAGUGUGUCCAGUUGGUGAAGAAGGCCAUCGAUGCCGGGUACCGGCACAUUGACACCGCAUACGUGUAUCAAAAUGAGGUAGAAAUCGGGCAGGCUAUUCGGGACAAAAUAGCAGAGGGUGUAAUCCGCCGAGAGGACUUGUUUGUCACUACCAAGCUGGGGAACACAUUCCACGAUCCACAGCAUGUCGAAGAAGCAUUUCGUAGGUCCUUCGAAAUGCUCAAUAUUGGUUACAUCGACCUGUACCUGAUGCACACACCGAUGGGUUUGCAGUUUACUGGAUUCGAGUACGGCGACAUGGAUCCAAAAGAUGCCGCUGGAAAUUUGCUCCAUUCCGAGGUGGACUAUGUGGAAACCUGGAAAGCAAUGGAGAAGCUCGUAGCCUCCGGGAAGGUGCGGAGCAUUGGGCUGUCUAAUUUCAACAGUGAGCAAAUCAAACGCAUUCUCGAGGUGGCCACGAUUAAACCGGUCAACAAUCAGGUGGAGGUGAACCCUGGUUACGAUCAGCGGAAGCUUAUUUCCUUCUGCCAGAAGCAUGAGAUUACCGUGACUGCGUACGGGCCCAUGGGUCGACCGCACCGAACAACCUACGGCAAUCGGAACGCGCUCGAUGAUGCGAAGGUGAUUGAAAUUGGGCGGAAGUAUAAUAAAACCAGCGGGCAGAUUAUCUUGCGUUAUUUGAUUGAUAUUGGCACUAUUCCGAUACCGUAUUCAACGAACGAGGAACGUAUUCGUCAGAAUAUUGAUGUGUUCGACUUCAAACUGAACGACCAAGAAAUUGAGUAUCUCGCAUCGUUUCACUCGGAGCGUACAAUACCAUUUCUUCCUCUAAAGUCGCAUAAAUACUAUCCGUUUAAUAUUGAGUUUUGAGUUUCAAAGCAAGAUAGAUCACGUCAUCUAACCACGUUUUCUGUUAAAAUGUUGUCUUCAUUACUGAUUUACUAAAAGAAUGCCAACGAAAAUAAAAAAUUGUGCUGGAGUA